GGACCAACAUCGGGUUCAAGCUCCGCAGUGCGAUCCCGAGCAGGCAAAGCUGAGCCAGAGAAGACUUGGCACGAAGAGGAAGUUCGCCGAACUUAGGGUUGAGACACUGGAGUCUGUCGCGAGCAAGGUUGAAAACAGGCCGAGGAAGAAGUGCAGGGUUUUGAAGCUAUCUCCUUCCGUUGGCAUUGGGCGAACCAGGCCCUCGGCGAGCCCAUUGGCGAAAGAGAUUACCUUUCUCCCUGAGGAAAUGGAUGUCUCGGAGGGCCCCCACAUCAAGCCCAAGAACAACCCCAUCACCGGCACGGAGCGUCGCCCGAUCGACACGGCAGACCCCGAACAGGCGCAGAAGACAGCGCAAGCGACACCACCACAAUCCGCUACGCCGUCACAAGAGGAGCUAGAUGGUUUCUACAUUGGCAAGACAUUCAUCCCAUGGCCAACAUUGGCGAAUUUGAAGCGCAGGUCUGCAGCCAAUACCCUAGCCACAGCAGCACCGUCGCCACAUUCAUCGACGCCAGUCGAAGGUUCCCGUUCAAUCACAAGUGAACUGACCACCGACCGCGCCGUUAACCCCACGGACCUCCCAACGCCGGAGACGGAAGGAGUUAGCAAGAAGAGGGCCAGCAAUUCAGUGCUCUCUUAUCUAUUCUCCUUCAUGACUGGACGGCAUUCCACCGCCGUUGCGAAUCCACCCACGACCACCCAAUCAGCCGCCACAACCCCGCCCCAUGCUGCGACCAGCAGGGAGACUCCAAGAAUCCAAACCCACCGGAGCUCAGGCACCGAGAAGUCGAAGAUCGCUACGCAAGAUGCCCAAAAUGGCACUGCGUACACCUUAGCGGAAUUCGACCCGACACAUCCAUACACUGCGAAGGGGAUAGGCGCAGCUCUUCGCAGCAUCAGGAUGAGUCGUAAGGGACAUAUCAGGAAGAAUAUUGCGAAGAGGUCCAAUAACAGCUCAGCGACUUCGCCCCGCCGGAAGUAGAGCUGUAAAGAAGACUGUGAAUG